AUGGUAACAAAGAUAGAUUCGCACUUUACUGGAAGGGGAAGUGCGGCCACCAAGUUUGAAUUAAAAGAUGUCAUAACCGGAAAAAUAAUUGUGGCAAGAUUAAGGCCUAGUGAAACGUUCGAAGUAUCAACCCUUUCCGAUAAAUCUUAUACGUACUUGUACUCCGAUAAAAAAAAAGUAUAUCUGACCAAUCCCGAUACUUUUGAAGAAAUCGAAAUCGAUGCCAAUAAGAUUGAAGGUGGCGUAAAGUAUUUACAAUUAUUGGAAGAUGAUAUAAAGGUCACGGUUUCGUUUUUAGAAACCGAAGAAGGGGUAAACCCAAUUUCAUUUCGUCUUCCUCAAACGCAUGCUUAUAAAGUUGUUGGUACAACAUCUAUCAUUGGUAAUACUUCUAAAGGUCCGGCCAUGAAAGUAAUAGAAAUACGCGACGGAAUUCAAGUUCAAGUUCCGGAAUUUAUAAAUAUCGGAGAUAAAAUUAUUAUUACUCUAAACGAUUUAAAAUAUAUUAAAAGAGCGUAG